GGAGUGGCAGCGACAGUUGGCAAAGCGUGGCGUUAUGCAGGCUGAAAAGCAGAUGCUGGUCCCAUGUAAGGGGAGGAUUUUCCUGGCUCUUUGCAUAAUCCUCUUUAUGGGAUGCACAACACAAGGGGUUCCUGUUCAGAUGGGCAGGUACAUGAGGGUCAGAUGUAGACCUGAUGCCCUUUCCUCAAAUUGUCGUGAAGAACAAGGUCCACGGAUUGUAAUCCCUGAUGGAGCUGCUAACAUGAUCCUUCCUCCGAAGGCUGAUCCAAUGCUGAUGAAGAAAUUUCAAGAGCAUCCUGAUACCUUUGUACUUUCUGAAGAUGAAUAUGGAUCAGGAAAUGAAAUGGAAUUGGAGUCUGGGUCAGGCGUUGAUGACAAUGUCGAUGGCUUCAUCGUUCCCGAUUUCGUUCUGCACCAGCCGGACAGGGAUAUGAAGCUGAGAUUAACCGACGAAGGCUUAUUCCUGUGA